AUGACUAUGAAUAGGCAGUUCCAUAGUACGGUUUUGGCCCAAUUAGCUAAAGUGAGCCGUAAGGAGCUUCAGAAGAAUGCACCAAAGAAACCUGCGACAGUUUAUUCGUUGUUUAUCAAGAACAACUUUGCACUUCUCAAGCAGCAAAAUCCGGAGGCGGGUUUUGCGGAGGUAUCCAAGUUGGCUAAUGCUAGGUGGAAGGGCUUGACUGAUCUGCAGAAGAAGCCAUAUUAUGAUGAGGCUGCUCGGUUGAAGAGGGAGUACGAGGCGGUGAAGUCAGACUUUCAAAAGACGUUGCCACCCAAGAGGCCAGCUUCAGGGUAUAUUUUAUAUUCGAAUGAGGUGCGUCCGCUGGUUACCGCGCGGAAUCCUGGGUUGAAGCCAACAGAACUGGUGAAGUUAAUUUCUGAACAGUGGAAGUCUUUGCCAUUGUUUGAGAAGGACAAAUACAAUGCAGUUUACCAGAAGAACAUGGAUCAAUGGAAGGCUGUGAAUGGUUUGAAAUAG